UGUGUCUGUCCCUCAACCGAGGAACCUGAAGGCAACAACAGAAGGAGGCUGUGCUGACUGUAGCCCUGCUGACCCUACCUGCAUGCGUGGAACUCGUUCUUGCUGGACAUGCAAGGCAGUAUGGUUUUCGCACAGUAGUUUCUUUCGAAAAUUAUUCUUGUAGUCAUAAUCUAUAUGAUAUCCAAUUAAAUAUGGCUGGAGUAAAGUCGAGCUGAGUUGAUCUUUUAGCGCUCGCUGCUGGGGAGUUGCGCACUCUCCCUCCCAUCAGCUUGUCGAAUGAGAAGAUAAUCAAAGUACGGACAGAUCCGUUGGAUUUUAAUUCUUUGUUUAAUAUCGAUAGUCUGCAGGACCAUGUCAGGUGGACAGGAUGAAAGCUCAGUUCGAGUAGCACUAAGGAUCCGUCCUCAGCUGCCGAGAGAGAAGAUCGAGGGAUGUCACAUCUGCACCUUCGUGACGCCUGCGGAGCCCCAGGUGAUCCUGGGGAAAGACAAGGCCUUCACCUACGACUAUGUGUUCGACAUGGACUCGGAGCAGGACAGCAUCUACGCCAACUGCACUGAGAAGCUGAUCGAGGGCUGCUUCGAGGGUUACAACGCCACCAUCUUUGCCUAUGGCCAGACGGGCUCAGGCAAGACCUACACCAUGGGCACAGGCUUCGAUGUGAGUCUUGGGGAGGAGGACCUGGGCAUCAUCCCCCGGGCUGUGGGCCACCUCUUCAGAGGUAUGGAGGAGCGUUGCCAGGCUGCCCGGGACCAGGGUCGGCCCGUACCCGAGUUCAAGAUCAACGCUCAGUUCCUGGAGCUGUACAAUGAGGAGGUGCUGGAUCUGUUUGACACCACUCGGGACUUGGAAGCCAGGAAGCAAAAAUCUCACAUUAAGAUCCACGAGGAUGCCAAUGGAGGAAUCUACACUGUCGGAGUGACCACACGGACAGUGUCCUCCGAAGCAGAGAUGCUGCAGUGUCUGAAGCUGGGCGCUCUGUGCCGCACCACCGCCAGCACCCAGAUGAACGUGCAGAGCUCUCGCUCCCACGCCAUCUUCACCAUCCAUCUGUGCCAAGUCCGCGUCUGCGCUACCGACAAUCAAGACAACGAGACCGACAACAAAAUCUCCAACGGUAACUCCGAGAUGGAAGAGUUUGAGACGCUGACGGCAAAGUUCCACUUCGUGGACCUGGCAGGUUCUGAGAGGCUGAAGAGGACCGGGGCGACCGGAGACCGAGCCAAAGAGGGCAUCUCCAUCAACUGUGGACUGCUUGCUCUGGGUAAUGUAAUCAGUGCUUUGGGAGACAGGAGCAAGCGAUCCUCUCAUGUGCCUUACAGAGAUUCCAAACUCACCCGGCUCCUACAAGACUCGCUGGGAGGAAACAGCCAAACAGUGAUGAUAGCGUGCAUAAGCCCUUCGGACCGCGACUUCAUGGAGACUCUGAACUCUCUGAAGUAUGCUAACCGGGCCAGAAACAUCAAGAACAGGGUGAUGGUGAACCAGGACAAGGCCAGCCAGCAGAUCAGCGCCCUGCGCACGGAGAUCGCCAGGCUGCAGAUGGAGCUGAUGGAGUACAGGACGGGCAAGCGCAUGGUGGGUGAGGACGGCAUUGAGAGCAUCAGCGACAUGUUCCACGAGAACUCCAUGCUGCAGACGGAGAACAGCAACCUGAGGGUGAGGGUGAAGGCCAUGCAGGAGACCAUCGACGUCCAGAAGGCCAGGCUCACACAGCUGCUCUCUGACCAGGCCAACCAGACCCUGGCCAGAGCCGGAGAGGGAAGUGAGGAGAUUGGGAACAUGAUUCAAGGCUACAUCAAAGAGAUCGAGGAGCUCAGGGCCAAACUCUUGGAGAGCGAGUCCAUGAACGAGAACUUGCGCAAAAACCUGUCCCGCGCCUCCACCCGCCAGUCCUUCUACGGCGGGCCCGUCACCUUCUCCCAGGCCCUGCUGGCGCCCGAGAAGGAGACCUCCGACAUCAUCGAGAUCGCCAAGAAAGACCUGGAGAAGCUCAAGAAGAAGGAGAGGAAGAAGAAGAAGAGACUGCAGCAGCUGCUGGCAGAGAAACAAAGGGAGGAGGAGGAGGAGGAGGAGGUGGUAGAGGAGGAGGAGGAGAAGGAGGUAGAGGAUGCCAGUGCCAGCAAAGAGGAGAUCCCUGACAAUGACCAAGACAAGGUGACAGAGAGGGUGCUCUCCGAACGCACCAAUGAGGAGGCUGAGACGGAGCUCCAGGAAGGUAGUGACCAUGAGGAAGGGGAUGAAGAGGAGGACGAGGAAGAGGAGGAGAUGGACGUGGAGGAGAGCUCCGAUGACACAGACUCUGAGCUGGAUGAGAAAGAAAACUUCCAGGCGGAUCUAGCCAACAUUACCUGUGAGAUCGCAAUCAAGCAGAAGCUGAUUGACGAGCUGGAGAACAGCCAGCGGCGUCUCCACACGCUCAAACAGCAGUACGAGCAGAAGCUGAUGAUGCUGCAGAGCAAGAUCCGAGACACGCAGCUGGAGAGAGACCGCGUUCUGCAGAACAUGGGCUCGGUGGAGACGGGCUCGGAGGACAAGGCCAAGAAGAUCAAGGCGGAGUACGAGAAGAAGCUCAGCAUCAUGAACAAGGAGAUGCAGAAGCUGCAGUCGGCGCAGAAGGAGCAUGCCCGCCUGCUGAAGAACCAGUCGCAGUACGAGAAGCAGCUGAAGAAGCUGCAGAUGGACGUGACCGAGAUGAAGAAGACCAAGGUGCGUCUGAUGAAGCAGAUGAAGGAGCAGCAGGAGAAGAACCGCAUGACAGAGUCCCGGAGGAACCGAGAGAUUGCCACCCUGAAGAAAGACCAACGCAAGCAGGAACACCAGCUGAAGCUACUGGAGGCCCAGAAGAGACAGCAGGAGUUGAUACUGCGCAGGAAGACUGAGGAGGUGACUGCUCUGAGGAGGCAAGCCAGGCCCAUGUCAGGGAAGGUCACCACAAGGAAGGGCGGCUUCCAGGAGUCUCUACAGGACUCCUCUCAUCGCCCGCCCUCUGGUCGCUCCUACACUUCCAGCUCCACCGCUCCCAAUGGAACCAGGCACUACAACAGGAGGUCUGCUGGCGUGUACUCGACCAGGAUAUCCAGGGGCAUGUGGCAGACCCUGGAGCGCCGCGUCACUGAUGUCAUCAUGCAAAGGAUGACCAUCUGCAACAUGGAGGCCGACAUGAACCGCCUCCUGAAGCAACGGGAGGAGCUGACCAAGCGCAGGGAGAAGGUGACCAGGAAGCGGGAUAGGCUGGUAGGGGAGGGGCCCGAGGUGGAGAAGGCUGCACUUCUUCUGAGGGAGGAAGUGGAGGCGCUGAGCGCCAACAUCGACUACAUUAAUGACAGCAUCGCCGACUGCCAGGCCAACAUCAUGCAGAUGGAGGAGGCCAAGGAGGAGGGAGACACUGUCGAUGUCUCUGCUGUGAUUGGCUCCUGCAGCCUGCCUGAGGCUCGCUUCCUAUUGGACCACUUCAUGUCAAUGGCCAUCAAUAAAGGUCUGCAGGCGGCCCAGAAGGAGUCCCAGGUGAAGGUGAUGGAGGGCAGGCUUAAGCAGACGGAGAUCACCAGCGCCACCCAGAACCAGCUGCUGUUCCACAUGCUGAAGGAGAAGGCUGAGUUCAACCCUGAGCUGGACGCCCUGCUGGGGAACGCGCUUCAAGAGCUAGGUAACAUGCCAAUGGAGAAUGGAGAUGACAGCAGCAGCGAUGAGUCAGCACAGAGUCCUGCCAUUGAGGGAAACUCUCUGGCAUCAGAUCUCAUGAAACUAUGUGGAGAAACUAAAUCCAGAAGCAAGGCUCGAAGGAGGACCACCACUCAAAUGGAGUUGCUUUACGCCAACAGCGACUCCGCCCUUGACACGCCCACUGACUUCUCAACCCCCAUUCUGCCAUUGGCUGAAACUCCUGAAGUGGGCGUGGAUUUGGAGAACUAUGGCCCAUCUGUCAGGGACUAUAUGACUACUUCCCCUGGCUUUUCCUCCAAAAUGGGCAGCAUUUCCGGCUUCAGACCUCCCUCAGGGGCGGGAAAGAGAGUUCCGGAACCUUCCCCACUCUCUCGCAGGAAGACUUAUGACAAGGCGGCUAAGGUCAAGGAGAUCAAACAAGGUGUCAUCAACCCUCUCCCGUCCUCCAAGGGCAGCCGCUCGUCAACGCUGCAGUGUGUCCACGUGGCCGAGGGUCAUCCCAAAGCAGUGCUGUGUGUAGACUGCACCGACGACCUGCUCUUCACUGGCUCCAAAGACCGGACAUGUAAGGUGUGGAACUUGGUGACGGGGCAGGAGAUCAUGUCGUUGGCUGGCCACCCCAACAACGUGGUGUCUGUGCGCUACAGCUCCAGCCUGGUCUACACCGUCUCCACCUCCUACAUCAAAGUGUGGGACAUCCGAGACUCGGCCAAGUGCAUCCGCACCCUCUCGUCUUCUGGUCUUGUGACUCUGGGGGAUGCCUGCGUGUCCAACACCAACCGCACGGUCACUAUUCCUGCAGGAGAAAACCAGAUCAACCAGAUAGCCCUCAACCCCAACGGCUCAAUCCUUUAUGCUGCAGCUGGCAAUUCUGUCAGGGUCUGGGAUCUAAGGAGGUUUGUGUCCACGGGCAAACUCACAGGUCACCUGGGCCCUGUCAUGUGUCUGACUGUGGAUCAGACAGGGAGCGGUCAAGACUUGGUCAUCACCGGAUCCAAGGAUCACUACAUCAAGAUGUUUGACGUGACUGAGGGGGCUCUGGGUAGCAUCAGCCCCACACACAACUUCGAGCCCCCCCACUACGAUGGCAUCGAGUCCCUGGCUGUGCAGGGGGAAGCCCUCUUCAGUGGAUCAAGAGACAAUGGCAUCAAGAAGUGGGACCUGGCCCGCAAAGACCUGCUUCAGCAAGUACCAAACGCGCACCGUGAUUGGGUGUGUGCCCUGGGGGUGGUGCCCGGCUCUCCGGCUCUGCUGAGUGGCUGCAGAGGCGGCGUGCUCAAGCUGUGGCACACAGACACCCUGGGGACCCUGGGGGAGCUGAAGGGCCACGAGAGCCCCAUCAACGCCAUCGCCACCAACAGCAGCCACCUGUUCACCGCGUCCGAUGACCGGACAGUGAAGAUCUGGCGAGCUCGAGGUGGCCUGGACAGCACCUUGGACACGGACAACGCCGACGAGGUGGCCAGCAACUGAAACACAGAGCCAUCUCCCGGUGUCGCUCACUGCUGGACAUGAAAAAUGCAGCCUGUGACGCUAGCUGCCUUCUUGCACUUUGAUGCCUAUUUUUUGGAAUCCUAACACCCCUCGCUCUUGAACCAAUGUAACCAUGACAACUAAGCCUGCAUAGGUGGAAACAGGAUUCCGAUUUUACCCAAGACCCAACAUUAUUCCCUUUUAGCAGAAUAAAACCCUCUUUUGUUCUUGCUGAACACAAACUUA